UAAAAUAAUAAUACAAACAACAUAGUACGUAAUACACCUGCGAUGGUAAGAAAAAAAAAGUGCUUAUAGGUUCCUAUGUGAGAGCGUCGCGGGACGAGCGGUAUACGUAUUGUUCGCGAUCUACGACGGUAUUAAAAAUAUUAAUUUUGAAAUGUGAUAAUUACUACGGACGAGAUUCGCAAUGACAUUAUGUAUUUCUACAACGACGUUAUCCGCGGUUUUUCGAUACGACGAAAAUAUAAUAAUAAUAUAGUGCAACAACAGCCGCAUCGCGGGUUAUGGCGGAACGGGUCGUUUCCGCGUUCGACGGUGUAUCUAACAUAGGUACAUAUUAUUACAGAUAAUAGGCAUACGAGAAGCUCCAUCAUUAUGGCGACGAACGUUAUCAUGCUGUGCAUUGCUUUGGCGCCCGCUUAUGUAAUCGCGUUUGGCAAGUACUCGGCAAAUAUAAAAGACUCUGAGUACGUUCGGAGCAAACUGCUGGAGAACGUUAUCAGCCAACUGGAAAAGGACAUCGUCAAGUCGGAGCUGGACGGUGGCAAGUACGACGCGGCGGCGCGGUACGGGCCACGGAUGAAGACCACCGAACGUGAACCUACCGGAGCCGACUACGACGACGCGGCCUCGGACGGCCCGAACGCAGUGCCGUCGAUCCGGGACAACGAGUACGUGCAGCAUGGCACGCUGUGGGGUGCGCAGUACAUGAGCGGUGGUGCCGGCGAAGGGGUGCAGACCCUGAAUCCCGACAGUCCGACGAGAAACAAAAAUGAAGUGAAAACCGACGCCGCGCUGCCGGCCUACUGCAACCCGCCCAACCCAUGUCCGGUGGGAUACACGGAUGAAGAUGGUUGUAUAAUGGAUUUUGAAAAUACGGCGGCGUUCAGUCGAGACUAUCAAGAAUCCCAAGAAUGCAUGUGUGAUUCUGAACAUAUGUUUGACUGCGCAAGAUCGAAUUCCGGCACCAAACACAGUGUUGACGUGGACGAACUUGUAAGAACAUUUCAGGUAGAUGAUGAACAUAAGAGUUUGGUUGCAAAAAAAUUCCACGUUAAGAAGGCUUUUAAUCCAUACUUACAAGGAGAAUUUCUGCCCAUAGCAGCAAAAAAGGGAAUUAACAUCGGAUUGUAACAUAUCUUAAUCCAAAACGACCAAUUAUUUAUUCAUUCUAUAUUAGACGAAUCCAACAAAAAUGUUACAAAGCCAAAAGAAAAAAACCAUAUAUAUUUAUUUCAACCAGUUUGUUUAUAAGUAAAAAAAAAUGUUACCUGAUAGAUAAUAUUUAAUUAUAAUGUCAUCCUUAAUUAUAUAUUAAAGAUAUGACCAAGAGAUACAAUUAUACAAUUAAUUAAUAAAUUAUAGACUAAACUAAUCAUUUUUAAAGACUAGAAAAAUAUUUUUUUAAUUCGUUUAAAAUAUCUCUAGAAUUGUAAUGAUUAGGAUAUAUUGAGAGCGACUUCUUUACCAUACCAUAACUUGUUUGGUGAUCACCUUCCUGGAAAAAGAAAAUAUUAUCAAUUAACUAUUUAGUAAUAUAAUGCAUUGUUAUAAAUUAUUUAAUAUUUACAAAAUAUCUUAUUUAAUUUAAACAUUUCUUUAAUAUAAUACAAGAGAUAUAUUAUAUUCAUAU